UAAUUUUACUUAUUUUAUUUUUUUUUUUUUAAAUACUUAUUUUUUAUCAUUGUACAAGGUUGCAUCACUGCUUCCAAACAUUUCUCAUGUUGAUCGAAAUUUCUGAUAUUUGACAUUUGGUAAAAGCAACCCUGUAGUUAAUUUUUAUGUUUAAACAGUGUGGCUGCAAAGCGUUCAUGCUGCUACUACUCUACUACUACAAAAACGUACUUAAAUGCACCUUUGUUUGACUCGUUGUUGAAAACGAGGGAAAAUAUGUGAAAAUGGCUUUUAGGUAAAAAUAUCAUCUACUUUUAAGCCUAUUCGUGAUGUCAAAAAUGUAUUUUAGAGAAAUUUUCAACAGUCCGAAGAAGAAAAAUUCAUUAACAUAUGUUACUACUUAUUAGACCUACUACUUUUUUCUACUGCAAAUUGCAACUAGCGCCAUACUUUUUACAAUGUAACGCACCGAAGCACUGACAGCGGUAAAUUGUGGAAAAAAGGUGAGCCUAGUGGUAAAAAUUUUGGUUGUGCGUGCAGAGGGUAAUGUAAUGCUUUAAGUUUUUAAAGUUUUUUUGUGAAUUUAGCAAGUGCAAAAUACUUAAAAAAAUCGCGCUUCCACUUGAACAUUCCCCCAUCGAACCAGAGUUGUUGAAGCAAAUUAAAAAGGAAGCAACAAAAAAAUUUACAAACGCUGCCGCAUUAUUGCGAGAAAAAAUAUACAUAUGUGUAUUUAACAGUGGCGCCACUACGAAGAGGGUGUCACAACUUGAGCCAGUAUUUUUAUAGGGGAUGCGUGGCUGCGGCUAGCAGUGGCAGUGCGAUAGUUACCGACCAUGUCAGCCACUCUUUUGUUGUAAAGUAACUACGAGUUUUUUGAAGAAAAACUACUACAAAGCUACUAAAAGAAAGCGCAAAUAAACACACAGGUCAAAUAGAACUGAUUACCUGCUCAAUCGUAGGCAGCAUGAUGGAACCGGCAGUGUUACAAGAACAACCACAACAAAUGAAUGACUAUAAACAAAAAGUCAAUAAAAUGCAAAAAUUGCUGCCCUCUUUGGAACAGUACAUUGCGAACGUAACUUCUCAGAAUGAAAAUGCGGAAGAGUUGGAAAAAUUAAAACUACUACGGGAGCUGUUGUUGCAGCAGGAGGUUGUGGGUGACAGAUUGACACUUGGUGAACUGGACAGAUAUGAAGUGAUGCUAAAGGGUGUAGCGAAUACACCGCUGUUGACGUCGGCGUCAACGUUGGUUUCCAAUGCUUGUGGUGAUGAGGACACGACAUCCAAUGUAUCAGCAAGUAAAACGGCCCUUGAGGCCAAUAUUGAUCUUCCUAAGAAUGGCGAUAUUGAUAAAAACUUCAAUUCCAAUGAAGUAGAGGGGAAGGAAUCGGAAGGUGUUGUAAACGGUCUUACACUUCCAAACGAAUGUGAAAAAAGUGAGGAAACGUGUAAUGAAGGGAACGGAAGCCGAAAUAAAGAGAGUGAAAGCUUGGGAAAAGAAAAUAAAAGCUCCGAUAAGGAGAGGGAAAACUCAGAUAUUGGCCAGACAAGCAAAGAAAUUACAGGUUCAAUAAAAGAUCAGGAAGAAAAUGUUUUACAAUCAUGUGAUGAAACACCGGGCGAACAAGACUUGGUUGAUGAUGUCUCGGAUUCAAAGAAAUUAGAUGAAAACUCCCAGAUUUGUGAGAAGAAAAAUGAAGUUACAAAUUCAAAUAAAACUGCCCGCAAACAGGAACUAAAAGAGCAAAACUAUAAAGACGACCAGCAAAAUAAUGAUAAGUCCACAGAUACUACUACAACAGAAGCUCUCGACCACUUCGAAGCGCCAGAGGAUAUUGAAGAGAUUGAAUACGAAGAUGUCGAAUUGAUUAAAAUACCCGAGAGCACCGCGGAAGAUGAGAUGAUUUUACCUGAUUCUGCUGAUGAAGCGGAAUUCUCGGCACAUAAGAGCGAUGAUGAAGUGGAGGAGGCCGAAGAGGAAGAAGAGACGGAGGAGGAACAAAUUGGGGAAAACCAGGUUGAAGAGGAAGAAGAGACAGAGGAAGAACAAGUUGAAGAGGAGGAUGAGGAAAAUAUCAACGCCUGCGUACAUAGUGAAAACGUAAUAGAUAAAGCUGAAAUAAUAAAAAACAACCAAGAUAUGAAUGAAACUGCAGUGAGUGAUAAAAACGAAACCGCACAGGAACAAAUAGAAGUAAUACAAGGCAGCGAUAGCAAUAAAAGGGAUUCAGAACACACUAAAGAUGUCAAUGAAAAAGUUAACGAAGAUACAGACGAUGAUGAAGCACAAGUGGAAGAAGCCACAAUUGAGGAGAUCAGCGAGGCGCCUACUGGCAGUAACGAGGAGAGUUGCGCUUUACCAGCCGAGUUCGACGUUGAAAUUGACAGCCAGAGUGAUGCUGCCGUCGGGGUAGGAGAUGUGCUUCAAACAGACGAUCCACUUGGUCAAGCAGAUGUAACAAACGAAGCGGACAAUAGCCAGGAAACUAGUAAUGAAACUGCGGCGAUACGCACUACUGAGCACCAAAUCCUUCAGCAGCCGACCGACGUAGCUGCCGAGACAGUGUCAAAUGAAGAUCCAAACGUUGAUGAUGAUGAUGAUGUGGAAAUCAUCGAGUCGCGUAAUUCGCCUAUUUGUCUUGACACCGACGAGGAAAACGAUAAAGAAUUCGGACCGAAAUCAGCUGCCAACAAUAGCCUACUGAGGGAGGUACAAUCUACGCAGAGUCUUUGUAAGCGGCAACAUACUCGGGUACCUAAUCGCAGAGAUCAACAGGAAAUGACUAUUAAAACCGCGAAAUCGGUAACGGAAACAAUUGAACUACUCGACAGCUCCGAUGAAGAUGGCGCUAACUGCAGUAAUAACCCACCGAGAGGCCGUAAAAGCCGCACAACCCUGCGACCAACUCUCACAAGAACUCUGGUUAAAAUGCCAACUCAGCAAGUGCGUAUGGGUAAAAAACGCACGCUUCUACCAGCGGCGCCAGCGCAAAAGCCGAUCAAAAUAAGUAAAGUCAUGUCCGGCGGUGCAGUACCGGAGGCUUAUCGUGCAUUCCUUUCCGAAACGUCGUCCCCACCGCGUGCUUCAGCAGUAAAGUUACCAAGAAGUGUGUCGUUAUUCCCACCUACCAAUUUCACCCCUACACCACAAUCAAACUUUUUGAAUGCGGUCAACCUGUUACCAGCCUCUGCUACGUCCGGCGAUAAUCCACUCGCCUUCUCUGCAAUGCUUUCAAACAAAAAUAUUAUCAUACCGAAUGCUUUCUAUGCCAACCGCCGCACCACAGCCAAGGACAAGGAGAAAGAUAAUCAAAAGGAGAGGAUGGAAGAACCUGCUGCGCACGAAGUCUCGCCUUCGGCUUCUUCAAAAAGCGUCCCCAAAUCAACGCAAGUGUUAGUGACGCAACAGCAAGAGCGCGUCUACCGCGAAUGGUUGGACGGAUUCAUAGACAAUUUCGCCAACCCACAACAGAUCGCGUCUCAUUCGUGCCUGGUGCUGAUGCAGAGUGCACUCAAAUAUAAGGUUUUCGCGCGGAUCAAAGACUUGCGCACAUCGCUCAAUACAAAGGCGUACACGUCAAAUUGCACAGCUGAUGGACAGUUAACGCGCGAACUACGUAACGCUUUUUACACAGAUGACUGCCGUCUGUCUAUGGAGGGCUUGCGUUUUUGUGCAGGCGCCUGCACACAAAUCGGCAUCCACGUAACGCUGAUGACCGAUGCACGUACGGGUCGCAUAACAACGCGCACGAGUUCAUACGAUGAGCUAAUGGCAAAAUAUGUCAAUGGCGGCGGGGUUAUGAGCGAUGACAAACGAAAGCGGCAUAAAGGCGAUGAGGAAUACACACCAGCCAAAUACUAUGAGAAAAAGGUGGAAGAGAGUUUGCCUAGUCGGGGCGAGAGACGUAAAUCAUUACGUCAGCAUCGUUCCCGUUGCUAUGACGAAACGUUUCUCUAUGAGCCAGAGGAAGCUGAGGACGACGAACCGCCGCCAGUCGAGAAAGAGGCCUCAACUAAUAAAAGACGACAGGAAGAUCAAAUGAUGGCGUUGGUCCAACGCAAGGCAGAGGAGAAACGGCUGGAGGCGAAACGCCAGCGGCAACAACAAGUGAAAUCCUUUGAAAGUGCCUAUUUAGAAAUGUUUGCCAAUUCGUUGCAAGCCAAAAAUCUGAAAGGAUCUACCGCCGCAGCAAAGAGAUUUAAUGAGAGUUCAUCCAAAAGUCGAAGCAGCAAUUCCACGGACUCGACAAACAACCAAAUUGUCAUCGAUGAUGAUGACGAAGAUAGUCUCGUAGACGGUGAACCACGUUCACAUCGCAUUUACAAGGUUGUACCAACACGCCUGUUAGCAGCGGAAAUCUCGGAUAGCUCAUCGGAUGAUGAGCCUAGACCAAAGCGUGGCCGACCGCGCAAGCAGGACCUGAGCAACUUGAAACCACAGAAAAAAGCAGCCGAGCCGGAGCUUAUCACUUGCGAUAGCACAUCGAACGAUUCGGUGUGUGAUGUAAAUGAUAUGCCUGCACCAGAUAGCAAAGCGCCCAAGAACAUAAAUCCCAACUGGCACGCGGCCAACGGUGAUUGGUGUAUCAUUUGUAAUAAGCGCAAGCCACGCGUCGUUUCCCACUAUGUCAACGAACAUCCCGCUUGUGAGGUGUAUAAUUCACGCAUUCCGAAAACGGCUUUGGCGCAGCUGCGCAAACAAGGUGGGCAAGUGUGUGAGAAGAGCCAUCCUUACUCGCACGCCCAAGAUCAUUAUACGGCGAAUUGUGUUUUCUGCAAUAAGACUUGCUGUUUUCAAAUUAACUAUUGGUAUCGGCACUAUGCCAUACACACAGGCGAAUAUGCUUUUCGUUGCAGUGGCUGCAAUAUACGGAAAACAACAGUUACGCUCAUGAAGAAUCACAUUAAUCAGCCAUGUCCCAGACGCGGCAGGCUUAUCCAAGACUAUGCGUACGACCUACGCGUCAACAAAAUUAAAAUGCACGUGUGCACGCUUUGCAAUUACAUGCAAUUGCAUAGGCGUAAUGUGCUGAAGCAUCUCAGAACGCAGCACGGCUUGAAGCAGAUUAAAGCAAAAAAUAUCGAAAGUGUCAUCUUGCUUCGUAUGCCAGAGACCGAAGAAGCAAACAGUACGCAAGAGAUUAACGAGUUCAUGGAUUUGAGUAGCGGUGGCGAUGAGAACAGCAGCCAGAUGGCUAUGACCUUUAAUUAUGACAACUUUGACGAAGCGGGUGCAGUCAAUAUGUGGGACGACGGUGAUCCGACAGAUGAUUUAUCAUAUAUGAUAUGCGGAAUGCUCGAUGUGCAAAUGAGGGAUGAUGGCGAGUAAACGACGGAGCGAAUCGAAUGUCAAUUUAUACUUUUUUCUCUCCGCGCUCUUUCGUAUUCUAAUUAGCGAGACCUUUGAAAUAUUUUUCAUUUUUACUUUAGUUCGUAAUUGGAAUAUGUUUUUGUUUACUUUAAUAAUUCACGAAAUAACUUUUAUCUUUAAACGUUAGCAUUAAAAAAUUUACAGUCAAUCGGUGAAGUUUACAGCUCUUUAGUUAGUGAGUAAGAGAUAUUUGCAAAUCAACUUCCUAUCGAAAAAGAGUAAGUCUCUGUUUAAAACAUUUAAGGAACUAAGGAGUUUCUUUCAUACACUUGCGAAAAUCAAAAAUAAACUCUUGACUAAACAAAUACUAAUAUACAUAUUGAUUUUCUGUAUAAUCGUAUUUUUUGGUAUACAUAUAUAUGUAUGUCUAAACUGAUUAGUGGUAAUAGCAAAUAGAUACAUAUGUAUGUAAAUAUGUACAUACAUCUAUCGAUAUUGACAUAAUUUCCCUGUAAACCAGGAAUCUCAGCGCAGCAUUUUGUAGCUUAGAAACAGAAGCUAACGAGGUUGGUCUGGCGGUGAACGAGGACAAGACAAAGUACUUCCUGGCAACACAUAAAAAGUCUUCGCGUAUUGGGACACAAGUAACUGUUGGCAGUCAUAACUUUGAACUUGUUGUCGUUGUUGUAGCGGCUAAUAUCUCAGUCGUUGUCGUCAAGCUCCAAGAACGGAAGCCCUAAGUGCAGCCUCAAUGGGGUCGGUCCACAGGGACAAAGGCGUUUGCGUUGUCUAGUUUUCCGGGCAUAUGAAGAGAUGUUCCGAGUCGUGGGGUGUCUCUCCGCUCGCCGGACACUCAUUUGGCACAUCUGCGUCUAAUCUGCUCAGAUAUGAGUUUAAGCCAGAGCGAAGUUGGUCUAUUGUAAAUGUAAACAGAGUAUCUGAAUGUUACUAAUAAAUCAUACUUCUACUAUUGUGGUUCUUUGAAGUAGUGAAGGACUUUGUUUACUUUGGAUCCAGCAUAAACACCACGAAUA